AUGCUAAAUUUAUAAAAUAUUGCAGUACCUGGUAAAUGGUUUAUGAUUUUCCAAAUGGUGCAUACUGAGGCUUAUUUUUCAAAGAUAAAUGUAGCUUAUAAAGAGGCAAGAAUCAAUGGGCUUAGCAGUAUUUCAAAAAUAAUAGCAAGACCAUGGAAUUAUGAAGGAGAUCCUAAUGCCACUUUACUGCAAUUCUAAAUAACUGCUUACGCAAACUCAAAAAUAUUUAUUAGAAAUUUAUAAUACUGGAAAGCAUCUCUAUCAUUUGAUUUUUACAUGACCAAUAGAUUAUUUACAGCAUUAGAUCCUGUGAAGAUGCAAUCGAAAGGACUCAUUGCUUACUUUAAAAUGGAUGAAUCUGGUGGAAAUUAUGUGUACAAUCAUGCCUUACCCGAAAGCUUUUAGUCAGUUUCAUAGUAUCAUUUCUAGCUAAAUCAAAAGUGGUAUUUUUAUUCAGAUUUAAAUGCAGAUCCAUCCUCAAACAGUUAAGAAGACAUGAAAUUUCUUUUUUGCAAGGAACCAUAUUCGAAACUACUAGAUAAUCACUGUGAUUACUUUGGCUCAUGUCAUUCAAGCACUCCUACAGAUGAUUGUUUAGGACCAGAAUAUUCAGAUAUUUCUACUUGUAUCAAUUUACCAGAAUAGAUUUAUUCCCUAGAUGACAAGGAUUGCUAUGAUUGUCAUCCUAUUUGUUCAGGCUGCAAUUUACCAUUUUAAGCUGAUGAAUGUAUAAGCUGCGUACCAGGCUACUCCAAAAUUGAUGGACUUUGCAAAAGUUAAUGCCCCGAUAAUACUUUCAAUGUUAAAGGAUAAUGUAUUUCAUGUAAUGAUACUCUUUGCAGAUGUUCAGAGGAUUAUCUAGAUUCUUGUCUUGGAUGUUUGAACAAAUCUCAUUAUUUUCUAGAAGGCAUUCAGAAGUGUACUGCCAUCCUAUGUGCAAAAGAUGCUUCAAAGCUGACUAAUACAGUUGUCUUGAAUGUGCAGAGAAUGCAACAUUACUAGCACCUAAUUAUUGUAACCAUUUUACAUGCAUGA